CAUCAUCAGAAGUAUAUAAGAUAAAAUUUAUAUUUCCAAAUGGAGACACAUAUGAGCUCCAGGUCAGAGCUCAAGGCUUCCUUCCCUACUAGAUGGUGACUGCACAAGAACUGCCUCUGGGAUCUGUGAGAGAAACGGGACAGGCAUCCACACCACGCCUAACGGGAUUGUCUACACAGGAAGCUGGAAAGAUGACAAGAUGAAUGGCUUUGGAAGACUUGAACAUUUCUCGGGAGCUGUGUACGAAGGACAGUUUAAGGACAACAUGUUUCAUGGACUGGGGACUUACACAUUCCCAACUGGGGCAAAGUACACUGGAAAUUUCAAUGAAAAUAGGGUAGAAGGUGAGGGAGAGUACACCGACAUCGAAGGCCUGCAGUGGAGUGGGAACUUCCACUUCACAGCGGCUCCCGGCCUGAAACUGAAGCUCUACAUGUAGACCUGCUGCCUUAAUGCUGAGAUGUGGCCACGGCAACUCCCCUUAGGCAAAGUACCUGCACCUUCAGCUAAAGUGGCCUGCCCUCCUCUGUAAGUUCAAUAAAGCUGUCAUGCACUUA